AUGAUGAGACUUAUUCUACUCACAGGUAAUUAUCUUUUUUUUAACAUAAAUUUAGGUUCAGCCUAUCAGCUAAUAUGCUACUUUACCAACUGGGCCCAGUACAGAUCUGAUGCGGCCAAGUAUGUGCCUGAGAACGUUUGUCCCUUCCUGUGCACACAUCUGAUCUAUGCAUUCGCCAUGAUUAACUCUGCAAAUCAGCUGGCCACCGUCGAGUGGAAUGAUGAGACUCUCUACAAAUCAUUCAAUAGUUUGAAGCAAAGUAAUCCAAGCUUGAAGACACUUUUGGCUGUUGGAGGAUGGAACUUCGGUUCAACUCAAUUCUCUACCAUGGUGUCCACACAAGCAAACAGAAAUACAUUCAUCCAGUCUUCCAUCAGCUUUCUCAGAAAACAUGGAUUUGAUGGCCUGGACCUUGACUGGGAGUAUCCUGGAACCCGCGGCAGUCCUCCACAGGACAAGCAAAGAUUCACUCUGCUCUGCAAGUUGAGUAAAGAGCUUCGACAAGCCUAUGAGGCUGAAAGCAUUGCAACAGGACGUCCCCGCCUCAUGGUCACAGCUGCAGUAGCUGCUGGGAAAUCAAAAAUAGAUGGUGCAUAUGAAAUUCCUCAGAUUUCCCAGUAUCUGGACUUCAUUAGUGUGAUGACUUAUGACUUUCAUGGGACUUGGGAGAGUGUCACUGGUCACAACAGUCCUCUGUAUCAAUGGUCUCAGGAAGCAGGAAAUGAAAUUUCCCUUAAUACUAAUUAUUCAAUGACAUACUGGAAGGAUCAGGGUGCUCCAGUGGAGAAGCUGAGGAUGGGUUUUGCUACAUAUGGCAGAACAUUCCAACUGUCGUCUACAGCAAGUGGCCUGGGAGCUCCAACAAGUGGCCCUGCUUCCGCUGGCACUUACACCAAACAGGCAGGCUUCUGGUCUUAUUAUGAGAUCUGCAGCUUCCUUCAAGGAACCAGCAUACAGUGGAUCCAGGAUCAAAAAGUACCUUAUGCCACAAAGGGGGGUCAGUGGGUUGGCUUUGACACCAAGGAGAGCUUUGACACAAAGGUGACAUACCUCAAAAAUAAUAAUUUUGGAGGGGCCUUUGUGUGGGCUCUUGACCUUGAUGAUUUUAACGGACGGUUCUGUGGACUGGGAAAAUACCCUCUCAUCAGCGAGCUCAGGAAAGAGCUAAACAGUGGUGUAUAAAUUGAUUGCAAUGUGCUAUUGUCAGUUACUGAUACAUUACUCUGAAUAUGAAUCUCUCUGUGUUUACUUCCUUACUUGUUCCUCUUUACCCUCCUCAUGUUGCAGUCCUUGCUGCUUCUCCUGUUCCCACUACCCUUCCUUUUGAACCUCCUCCUGCUCCAGCUAGUACUGCUUUAUAUGCUGCAGCUCCUUCUGCUCCUUCUUCUGCUCCUCCUCCUAUAGCUCCUAUUGU